AUGGAGCCCGGCACCGGGUCCAACAGUAUCGUGGGCGGCACUGCGACCCAGCCCAAGAAGGUCGCCUACUUCUACGACUCAGAUGUCGGCAACUAUGCCUAUGUGGCUGGUCACCCCAUGAAGCCGCACCGUAUACGCAUGGCUCAUAGUCUGAUCAUGAACUACGGCCUCUACUCCAAGAUGGAGAUCUACGUACGUCGCGCCCUUCGCGCCAAACCCGCCUCCAAGUACGAAAUGACGCAGUUCCACACCGACGAGUACAUCGACUUCCUGCACAAGGUCACGCCCGACAACAUGGACAGCUACGCCAAAGAGCAGAGCAAGUACAACGUCGGCGACGACUGUCCUGUGUUCGACGGCCUGUUUGAGUUCUGCGGCAUCAGCGCCGGCGGCACAAUGGAGGGUGCUGCGCGCCUGAACCGCGGCAAGUGCGAUGUCGCAGUCAACUGGGCCGGAGGUCUGCAUCACGCGAAGAAGAGCGAAGCUAGUGGUUUCUGUUAUGUCAACGACAUUGUCCUGGGUAUCAUCGAGCUGCUUCGCUACAAGCAGCGCGUUCUCUACAUCGACAUCGACGUGCACCACGGCGACGGUGUCGAGGAGGCCUUCUAUACCACCGAUCGCGUCAUGACCGCGUCUUUCCACAAGUACGGCGAAUACUUCCCCGGUACCGGCGAGCUCCGCGACAUUGGAGUUGGAGCUGGCAAGAAUUAUUCAGUCAACUUCCCUCUCCGCGACGGCAUCACCGACGAGACCUACAAGAACAUCUUCGAGCCCACCAUUGAGGCUAUCAUGACAUACUAUGGCCCUGAAGCUAUUGUGCUCCAGUGCGGUGGCGACAGUCUAUCCGGAGACAGGUUAGGUUGCUUCAACCUCAGUAUGGCGGGUCACGCCAACUGUGUCAAGUACGUGAAGAGCUUUGGUGUCCCAGUUAUUGUGCUCGGCGGUGGUGGCUACACUAUGAGGAACGUCGCCCGAACGUGGGCAUAUGAGACUGGCGAGCUGGUUGGACAGCAGAUGUCCAAGCAGCUGCCUUUCAACGACUACUACGAAUACUUCGCACCUGACUACGAGCUCGACGUUCGACCAUCAAAUAUGGAGAACGCCAACUCGAACGACUAUCUGCACAAGAUCAAGACAACUGUCAUCGACAAUAUUCGAAGAACUGGCAGGCCUUCCGUUGAAGCAUUUACGAACAUUCCAGACAAUCCUUUGACCCGUGCCGAGGAAGACUCCGAUGUCGAGGACGACCUGGACAUCGAUAUGAACCAGGAUGUACGGUCUACUCAGCGUCAGCAAGACCGCCGCAUCGCACACAAUGGAGAGCUCUACGAAGAUAGUGAAGACGAAGACUACAAGAAUGAUCUUGGUGUUCGCGCUCAACCUGGCACCAAGAAACGUCGAAACAUUACUGACCAUCCUAAUCCGAAUGCCGUAGAACCUGAUGGCCUGGACAAGCUCAGGGGUCUAGACGACCUCAAUGGUGAUAGUGCGGUCUCCACCCGGCAAACGUCUCCAGCGGGCUCUCGCACGCCCGCCAUCGCCGAGCAAAGUGUGGAAGAUGAUGGCGACGUUGACAUGGACGAUGCAGAGGCCACCACAACUGCGGCUGCGGCUGCAGUCGAUUCUACUCAUUCACAAUCCCCUGCUAAUAACCUCACACCCCCGGAGUCGCCUAGUGCAGCGCCUGCCGCAGCCGUCCCUGCGCCGGACGUCGAAAUGGCAGGCGCCGAUGAGGAGACUAAGGCAACUAUCGCUGAGGAGAAGCAAAAGGGCGAGGCUGAGCGCGAUUCUGAGAACGUCAAGGGAGAGGUACGGACAGAAGUCGCUAAAGACAGCUGA